AAACACAAAUAAACAAAAAAAAAACUCAUUUUUCGGAAAUUCAGAAAAUCGGAAGUAAAGCAAACACCGGUUGUUCUUGUGAAAAUUACGCUCGUUUUUUGUUAAAAAAUAGAAGUACUCUUGAUUUAAUCCGCAUUAUCCAUCAUGGAAAAGAAAUCUAACAAUCAAAGUUCAGAACAUAAGGAACGAAAGAAGAAAGAAAGCAUAGUUGAUUUAUCGAGAUACCUUGAGAAAGUAAUCAGAGUCAAAUUUGCAGGUGGCAGGGAAGUCUCCGGAAUAUUGAAAGGAUAUGAUCCAUUAGUCAACUUAGUGCUGGAUAAUACAACGGAGUAUUUGAGAGAUCCAGAAGAUCUUUUCAAAUUGUCAAAUGAUACUAGGCAGUUGGGAUUGGUUGUCUGUCGUGGAACUGCUGUGAUUCUAGUAUGUCCUAUGGACGGCAUGGAACAGAUAGCAAACCCAUUUGUUGCCCAAUAACCUUCUGUGAAGCGGAUUUUUUUCUGUACAUACCUAUAAUGUAAGGUGGCGUUAUUUUAACUAGACUGUAAAUAAUAAUGGAUAACAUUCUUCAACUGCGAAACUCCAUCUGUAAAAAUGAUUCCAGGAUAGAAUCCCGAAUAAAGUUUCGUUUUUAGUACAA